AUGAUCGAUAACUGUGAGCCUAAUGAUGCUGAAAUGGAGGCUCAUUUAGAUCUUCAAGCUCAAUCAGAUGUGAUUGAGUACAACAUAGUGGACUCAAAAAUAGAGGGAACUUCAGCGGCUCAGAGCAUUGAGGUUGCCAUAGAUAUGGCUGGAAUUAUGGUGAAGGUGCAUUGGAAAUCCCUUCUUCAGGAGGCCGAAGCCCAUGUCGAGGUCUUGAAAACUCUCCAAGAUGAGGUGGUUGAUCUGAAGCGCGCGCUUCUUACUCCGAAUUGGGUAUCUAUCUCAAGUGGUCUAUGGAUGAUCAAUUGUCUUCCUGUGAGUGAUUCAGGUUGGUGGUCGGAUGUAGACGAUGUUCUUUGA